AUGUGUGUGGAUUAUAGAGAACUGAAUAAAAGGACUGUGAAAGAUAAAUUUCCUAUUCCUGUCAUUGAUGAGCUAAUAGAUGAAUUGGCAGGAGCCACUUUGUUUACUAAGCUGGACUUGAGAGCUGGUUACCACCAACUUAGAGUACAUGAAGGAGAUGUGUUUAAAACUGCAUUUAAAACCCAAACUGGACACUAUGAGUUUCUGGUGAUGCCUUUUGGGCUAACAAAUGCACCAGCAUCUUUUCAAGGAUUGAUGAAUGAUGUUUUUAGACCUCUACUAAGAAAGUGUGUGUUGGUGUUCUUUGAUGAUAUAUUGGUAUACAGCAGUAGCAUUACAGAACAUUUGAAACACCUGGAAGAAGUCUUCAAACUAAUGCAAUAUAAUUUGAUGGCAGCAAAGGAUAGCAAAUGCAUAUUUUCUACUGGCAAAGUGGAGUAUUUAGGUCAUUUUAUCUCAGCUAAGGGGUUGGAAACAGAUCCAAAGAAAAUUUCUGCUAUAUCUAGCUGGCCAGUUCCUACUUCUGUCAAAGAUUUGAGAAGCUUUUUAGGAUUAGCUGGGUAUUACAGAAAGUUUGUGUUUGCUUGGAAUGACAAUGCUCAUCUAGCCUUAGAAAAAUUGAAAGAAGCUUUGACUUCAGCUCCUGUUUUGGCAGUUCCUGAUUUUUCUAAAACUUUUGUUUUAGAAACAGAUGGAUCAAAAACUGGAAUAGGAGCUAUUCUCAUGCAGGAUAAUCACCCACUUGCUUUCAUAAGUAGAUCUUUGGGUCCAAAAUGGCAGAGGUUAUCUGUUUAUGAAAAAGAGUUAUUGGCUAUUGUCUUUGCUUAUAAGAGUGGUAAGGAGAAUGUAGCUGUUGAUGCAUUAUCUGGGGUACGGGGAGCUGAAGUGUUUUGUAUGGCUAUAUCUUUAGUCUCUUCAGAUUUACAUGAUCAAAUUAAGAAUGCAAGGUUGGUGAUUGGCCCUGAUGAGAAUCUGAGAAGCAAGCUGUUGAAUUGGCAUCAUGCCUCACCUGAAUGUGGGCAUUCUGGUCGAGAUAUCACCUUAAAGAAACUGAAGACCUUGUUUUCAUGGAGAGGAAUGUCAAGAGAUGUAAGACAGUAUGUCAGAAAAUGUCCCACCUGUCAACUUUCUAAGUAUGACACUUCAGCAAAGCCUAGGUUAUUACAGCCAUUACCAAUUCCCGAAGAAGUUUGGGUAGACAUAUCAAUGGACUUUAUUGGAGGAUUGCCUAAGUCUAAUGGGAAAGAAGUUAUUUUUGUGGAAGUUGACAGGCUAAGCACAUAUGCUCAUUUUGUUGCUUUGUCCCAUCCCUAUUCUGCUAUUGAGGUAGCUCAAGCCUAUCUUGAUCACAUAUUUAAACUACAUGGCUGGCCAAAAAGUAUUGUAAGUGAUAGGGAUGCCAUUUUCUUAAGUCAGUUAUGGAAAGGGUUGUUCUCUUUGCAUGGCAUUGAAUUCCUCCUAUCCUCUGCUUAUCACCCUGAAACUGAUGGCCAAACUGAAGUGGUUAACAGGUGUUUGGAGACUUAUCUUGAAUGUAUGUGUGGAGAGAAACCCCAAGAAUGGAGUUUAUUGAUGCCCAUGGUUGAAUGGUGGUACAAUACCCAUUUUGAGUCUGCUAUCCAACUCACACCUUAUGAAGUGGUGUAUAAUCAACCUCCACCAGUGUAUCUACCAUAUCUUGCUGGUGAUUCUCCCAUUGAAGUGGUGGACAGAAGUUUACACAGAAGAAAACAGAUGCUUGCACUCAUCAAGUUCCACCUAACUAGAGCUUAG